AUGGAGCCUUCAAGCCCAACCCCCUCUCUCACCCCAUCUCGCUCCCCAUCACCUGAACUACCCGUACAACCAGACCAUUUCUAUGGGUCUGAAGGCGUCCCACUACCACCGUCCCCAGACUCACAAGGCAGGACAUGGCUCGACCCUGAAGACGACCCGAACGCUGCACGGGGCAUCCCAGUCUUCAAACCCACCAUGGAGGAGUUUCAGGACUUCGAGGGUUACUUGAACAAGAUUGAGGUCUGGGGUAAUCGUAGUGGUAUUGUCAAGGUCAUUCCGCCGAAAGAAUGGUCGGACGCGCUACCCGCGGUAGGCGACCAAUUGCCCAAGGUGCACCUCAAGAGUCCAAUCGAACAAUACAUGGACGGCCAAGGCGGCUUGUUCCGCCAGAAGAACAUAGAGAAACGGAAGGCCAUGAGCGUGCGCGAGUGGGCGGAGCUGUGCAGCAAGCCAGACUAUGCAGCACCCGGAGUGGACGACGUCGUUUUACGAAAGCCGGACGCAAAGUCGACACGGAAACGAAGAACGAAGAAGAGCACGGAGGCUGAAUCACGACCGAAAGAGGAAUCCGAAGAGGAGUCCCAUCCUCACGCAAUGGCGACCCCGCCCAACGACACUGAGCACGAGGGAUCGGAGGAGGAGAAACCGCGCAAGGGUAAGGGCCGUCGCCCUCAAAAGGAGGUUCAGAGCGAGAAGGAAAAGAAGGAUGCCGCGUUCUUUGAGGACUUUGACCCCCACUCGGACUGGCUACCUUCCAACACCGCACCUUGUGAUUACACGCCAGAGUUUUGCUCGAAGCUCGAACGUCAGUAUUGGCGGAACUGUGGUAUCGGCAAGUCUGCCUGGUACGGCGCGGACAUGGCUGGCUCGCUCUUCACUAAUGAAACGACAGCUUGGAACGUCGCGCGUCUCCCUUCGCUUCUGGAGCGCAUCUUGCCUCGAGACAAGCGAGGCGUUCCUGGCGUGAAUAUGCCUUACCUAUACUUCGGAAUGUGGCGCGCGACCUUCGCCUGGCAUGUCGAGGAUAUGGACCUUCACAGCAUCAACUACAUCCACUUCGGCGCCCCCAAGUUCUGGUACGCUGUCCCUCAAGCACGCGCAAAUGCCCUCGAGUCCGUACUCGGAGGAUUCUUCCCAGAGGGCCCAAAGAGCUGCCACCAAUUUUUGCGACACAAGUCAUACCUUGCGUCGCCCAGUCUUCUUACCAAUCAAUCAUGCCGCCCUAACACUCUUGUCCAGAAGUCGGGAGAGUUCGUCAUCACGUUCCCUCGGGGUUAUCAUGCUGGUUUCAACAUGGGUUUCAACUGUGCCGAGAGUGUCAACUUCGCUCUCGAUAGUUGGCUAGAGCUUGGUCGUAAAGCGAAGGCAUGCAAGUGCAUCGACGAUAGUGUAACUCUCGAUAUCGAUGAGUUAUUACAAGAGCGCGAGGCCGAACGCAUCGAAGAGGAGGCAAAGGCAAAGAAAGCUGCGAAAGCCGCUAAACUUUCUCGAAAGCGCAAGUCGGACGAACCCCACCAACAGUCUCCCAGCAAGAAGUCGAAGAAGAACGACAAGGAAAAGCCUUCCAAAUCUGCAUCCCCGCCGAAGAGGACGAAGCCUUCAUCCCCGUCCACGCUCAACAUUGCCUCCACAUCAUCAUCCGCCCCUGCGCCCACACCUGCAUCCGCGCUAGCGAUACCCACUCCUAGGAUCACGCUCAAGCUUGGUCCACGACCGAAGGAUUCUGAGCCCUUCCCCUGCUGUCUCUGCGUUUCGACGGAUCAAGACGGCCUAUUGGAGGUGCAACAUCCACCGACCGUCUCGCAUCCGGCGUAUGCAGAUCUCAAGAAGUGGAUGGCACAUGAAGAGUGUGCGAAGGUCGUUCCGGAGACAUGGGUCGAUACGAUCUUCGUACCCUGCGCAGAUGGAAACGGGAUAACGGAGAAGAAAGUCGUGCUCGGUGUAGACGCGAUAGUGAAGGAUAGGUGGAACCUCAAAUGCACUGCUUGCACGAAGACACGAUCGAAAGCACACGGCGCACCGAUCCAAUGCACGAAAGGCAAAUGCCCCAAAGCCUUUCACAUCUCCUGCGCGCGGAGUACGGAAAGCGUCGUAUACGAAGUCGUCCAGGAGGUCGAUAAAGAGGUCGUUCUCGUGGAUGCGGCCGCUAUCGCUGCAGCCGCGCCACCUGCGCCAGCGCCGAUGCCGCUGCCGGAUCUCGUCUCCACCGCGAUGGACGUCGAUGCUGUGCCGUCUGGAUGUGUUACGCCAGCUGAACUUCAGUCUAUGACCGUCGAUGUCCCUGAGCCCCGGGUAGUGAAGAUCGUCAAGAAGAUGGAAGUGAGAUUGCUAUGUAGCCAACACAACCCCGCGAUGACAGAGGCCAAGAGAGUCGGUAAGUUGGACAAGCUGCGCAAGGAUUUGCUUGCGCUCGAGGCUAUGGCUCGCAUCAAGGUCCGCGUCAGCGCGGGAGUCUUUGAAGUCUCCCUUGUACGUGUGGUGGAGGAAACCAAUUCGGUCGAAGUGCUCUGGGACAGAGGGAUCAAGAAGGAGUUCAAAUGGGGUAGUGUGGUCUGGGGCAACACCGAUGGACUCAACAUUGGACAAAAGCCAACGGAACCAGCGCCUGAACCAAGACGGGACAAUAUCCCACCGGUCACAUAUCCUUCACUAUCCGUGGCAAUGUCGAAGAGCACUACGGCUUAUACUCAUCCUGCCCCUCCUGCCCUAUCCGCUCCUCCCGCCACCGCACCCUCACACGACACGGAAGCACCUAUGGCCUCUUUGCUCCCUCCAUCGGCCACGCUGUCCACGACCACCUCCCCAACUUUUUCUCAACCUGCUUCAAACGCCACAUCCUCUGUUCCACGAAGUUAUACUCCGUAUCAACCUCGGAUGACCACCUCCACCGCUACUACAGCAACCUACAACUAUGACCCUUCGAGUUGGACGCACCUGUACUCACACUAUCCCUCCUCCACCGCCUCGACUUCGCAGUAUAACCCUUCCCUCUACAACCACACCCAAGCUUAUGCCACACCGGGCACCCCAACCUCUACCUCUACUUACGCUGCGCCGAGCCCUUCCACGUCCGCGUACGCCGCACCGAGCACUUCUACCGCUGCCUCCACCCCGGCCUACUCCUACCCGCCGUACAUGACCUACCAACAGUCGCAGUACCUGUCGUACAAGCCGGCAUCCAGCACAUACGCCGCGUACUACCCGCAGACGCAGACUCAGGCCGGUCGGAGUGGGACCACCGCCACGGCUUCCACCACAGCCGCGGAAAGUCAACAGUAUGCUCUCCCCUCGUCGAGGUAUCAGGCGAUCUCUGCGUCGAGAGCUCACACGCAGCAGGGUGGGAUGAAGAUACAAUGGAAGGAGCCGUAUGUUGCGCCGAAAUACAAUGAUGGGUUGAAUGGGACCGGGAUUGGGAGCAAGACGUCGAGUCGGACUCAGUCGAGGUCCACUUCGACGGUGCCUUCACCUGCUGUAGCUCCCGUAGCUCCUGCGCCCGCCGUCCCCUCGACGAGUGCGUCUGCGGCGACUCCUGCUGCAAUGCCUGCCCCUUCUGUUGGUCCAUCUACUAUCGCUGAUGCGUUGAGGAACGUAUAUGCGCACGGGAGUCCUCAUCCAGGCGCCAGUGUGGCUCCUCUGCAGCCAUCUCAACCUCCUUCAACGUCACUGGCUAUGGCUCGGAGGGAGGAGGAGGAGGAAGAGGAGGAGGCGUCCAAGGUUGCGGCUUGA